AUGCCGCGCGUGGGCGAGCGCGAGGGAGCGCCGGGCUCCCCGCUACGGAGCGUCCGGGCAACCGGCCUCCCCCGCGUCUCGGACGUCCAGGCCGCCCACCUGACCUCAGCGCCCAUCCCCGCCCGGGCUGCGUCUUCCCUGGACCCUGCGAGGGACCUGCUGGCUGGGCAGAUGGCAGGGCUCUUGAAGCACUGCCAGAACCAAGCCUACGGCAUCAUGUGGAAGGUUGUAGACUGCAGGUUGGGCCAAGUGGUGGCCAUCAAAUCUUUUGAUGCCUUUAGGGAUGAAAUGGAUGCCGAAAGAACCUUCUGGGAGGUCACGCUGCUGCAGGAAUUCUAGAGCCACCCCAAAUUCUGGUACCACCCCAAUAUCAUCCACCUCCUGGAUGUGAUCCCGGUAGCCAACAACAAGGAUUUGUACCUGGUUUUUGAGUUUAUGGACACUGACCUGCACGUGGCCAUCUGCAAAGGGACACUGCUGAAGGACGACCACAAGCGCUACAUCUUCCAGCUGCAGUGGGUUAUCAAGUUCCACUCACGAAGAGUCAUCCACCAGGACCAGAGACGCCCACUGCCCCUCACUUGUCCCCCCACGUGCCCUUCGGGAGCCCACACCCCUCUCUCCCAGCCAGUCAAUAUCCUGCUGGAUGCCAACUGUAUGGUGAAGCUGUGUGACUUCGACUUGGUGGUCCCUGAGAGCCAGGCGCUGACCAAGUACAUGGCCACCUGCUGAUACCGGGCACCCAAGGGGCUGCUGUCCUCCCACUGGUACACUGGGGUGGAUCCGUGGAGCUUAAGCUGCAUCCUAGGGGAGAGGCUGAGCCUCUUCCUGGGCAUGUCUACACUCUACCAGUGGCAGCUCAUACUGGACACGCCGCAUCAGAGAAGGGUGAGGGAGCACCGGGCAAGAACAAGGGGGUGCUGCCCCCAGGACACGCAAGCCAAUGUGAAGGAGAGCUGUGACCGAAAUGCCCCUCUGCAGGCGCAGACCACUGAGCCAUUCCAGCUGACUGUGGAGUGCGACCCAGGAUUCCCAUGUCCGAGUGCGUGGGGCCAGCACCGUGCUCCCACUCCCGGUGCGUGA